AACAUUAAAAUAAAUCAACCAAAUAAUAAACUAAACUUUAGAAAACUUAAACUAUUUAAAAUUUUAAAGAAAAUUAAAGAAGUUAACUACAAGUUAAACCUACCCAAUAACAUAAAGUUAAAAACAGCCGUUUUCUAUAUCUUACUACUAAAAAAGGCACUAGUAGAUAAAGAAACAGGCAAGCCAAUUAUAGAUAAAAUCAUUGUCUAG